AUGCUGUCCGCCCGCACCCCCCUCGCCGCUCGCCACGACCAGCCCAUGAAGAGCCUCUCGCCCCUAAAGAACCUGGCACUGAGCGACAAGGAGAAUACGCCUCCCGCGCUCAGCAGCGCCCGCGUCCUGGCCAGCAAGGCGGCACGCAAGAUCUUCCAGGAGGGCGACGGGAAGCCGGUGUCGCGGGGCGCGCAGGAGCAGGACGAACCGCUGCUGCGGGACAACCCUCGCCGCUUUGUCAUCUUCCCCAUCGAGUACCAUGAUAUUUGGCAGAUGUACAAGAAGGCCGAGGCUUCCUUCUGGACGGCGGAGGAGGUGGAUCUUUCCAAAGACAUCCAGCACUGGGAGUCGCUGAAGCCCGAGGAGAAGUACUUCAUUUCCCAUGUCCUCGCCUUCUUUGCUGCUAGUGAUGGCAUAGUGAACGAAAACUUGGUGGAGCGCUUCAGUCAAGAAGUACAAGUCACAGAAGCUCGUUGUUUCUAUGGCUUCCAGAUUGCCAUGGAAAACAUACAUUCAGAAAUGUACAGCCUCCUUAUUGACACCUACAUUAAAGAUCCUAAAGAGAGGGAAUUCCUUUUUAAUGCUAUUGAAACGUUACCAUGUGUUAAGAAGAAAGCUGACUGGGCCAUGUGCUGGAUUGGGGACAAGAAAGCAACAUAUGGAGAACGUGUAGUAGCUUUUGCAGCCGUGGAAGGAAUCUUCUUUUCUGGUUCUUUUGCAUCAAUUUUUUGGCUGAAGAAAAGAGGAUUAAUGCCUGGACUCACUUUUUCUAAUGAACUCAUCAGUAGAGACGAGGGUUUGCACUGUGAUUUUGCCUGCCUCAUGUUUAAGCACUUGAUACACAAACCGUCAGAGGAGAGGGUGAAGGAAAUCAUAAUGAAUGCUGUUCUCAUAGAACAGGAAUUCUUGACGGAGGCCCUGCCUGUGAAGCUGAUCGGCAUGAACUGCACUUUAAUGAAACAGUACAUAGAGUUUGUAGCAGACCGGCUGAUGCUGGAACUGGGAUUUCCCAAGAUAUACAAAGCAGAGAAUCCUUUUGACUUCAUGGAAAACAUCUCUCUGGAAGGGAAGACCAACUUCUUUGAGAAGCGAGUAGGUGAAUAUCAGAGGAUGGGAGUUAUGUCAAAGCCCACAGACAACUCUUUCACCCUGGAUGCAGAAUUUUAAAUGAACUUGAGCCAUAGGAGAUAGUGUGAGGUGCUCCCCUGUUUUCAGGGAAACACUGAAUACAUGGAGUCACAGUGUCGCUUGAUUUCUUGUCUUAGAAAGUGUGGUGAUAUUGGUACUUUUCAGGAGGCUAAUGUAGCUCCAGCAGUAAAAUCCCCUUUCAUUAGACAUUGCCAAUGGUAUUAAUUCAUAGAAUGUUUAGAUUUAUCUAUUGCAACAUCUGCUAGUCCAUUUUAUGAGAUCCAGACACCUUCCUUCUAGAAGACCGGAGGUUAUGGACAGCGACCA